UAAGACACUUUCAGAGGAUACACAUAGAGAACUUUCCUACAACGCUGUAGGUGCACUUUUUUUUUCUUUACAGCCGCCCACAGCAAACAUUUAUAGAUUAAGAGACCUCAGACACACACUGAGUGAGGAAGUGUUUUUUGAGCCUCAGCUUUCGUCUACUUUAGUCAUUCACUAAUACAGCAAUGCAGGACUUUCAUGGAUAUACUAUUUCCAUCUCUGGUGUGCUGUUGUUUGCGCUUCUACAGGGUGUGCAUGCUGUUUUGGCUAAUCAGAAGACAGUGAUCAGAGCUAGAGGGAGCUCCCUGAACUUUCAGCCAGAAUAUCCAGAUGGGACAGUGUCAUUCGCUGAGUGGAAUUUCAAUGGGAAAAAGUUUGCUGACUACAAUUCAAACCGCAAUUACUCAUUUCCAGAAUCACAAUUCAGUGGAAGAGUAAAAGAGAACCAUGACAGAGUUGGAGUAACUGUACAAAAUCUUCAACCCCAAGACUCUGGGACAUUCUCAGUGGUUGCAGAUGGAACUAGAGGACAGCCUCCAACACAAACAUUUAAAGUUUAUAUUGAAGACCCCAUAACAGCUGUGCAGAUUGGGAAGAAUCAGACGUGGAGAUUGUCCACAAACAGCUGUGAUGUUGAUGUGAAGUGUGCAGCGCUCGGUGCUGAGAGUGUCUCCUACCUGUGGAGGGGCUAUAAGACUGGGAGUGGAGCUCAGCUGCAGUUCAGUCUCUCACCAGCAGAAGGAGCUGUUACACUGAACUGCACUGCAGCUAACAACGUCAGCUCCAGUUCUGCUACAGAGACACUGAGCUGUAGCUCUGAACAUCCAGGAACAGAAACUCAAAUAUCAGUGCUUAAAGUGAUCAGUAGUCUAGUGGCGGCCUCUCCGUAUCUGCUGGUGACCAUCAUCCUGGGUGUAAAAUGUUACAGAGCUCGAGGUCAUCAUAACAGUCAGUAUGCCAUGAAAGUAAUUGAGGAAUGAGCACUUUGCUCUCUCUGUAAGAAAUAAGUUGAACACUGAACUACUCAGUGGCAAACAAAUCUGAUUCUGCUACAAAGUUUAUAGUUUUACAGUUUUCAUUUUUAUAAUAAUAUUUUCAUUUACACUCAAAGCUCAGGGGCACAGAAUAUUUUUACUGUAUUUAUGUUUGCACUCUUCUGAGUUGGAUCAACGUUGGAGCUUUUCUUCCAGAUUAGAGAUCACAACACUGUUAUGACUGCCGGGAAACUCGGAUUGCUCUUCUUCCACUUCAGUCUCUCUGGGUCCUCUUCCAGCCCCCUGUAUUUCACCAGAUUCUUCUAUUUCUUCAUCGUAUUUUGCCAUCACUCGAUUGCCAGAUCUAUCACCACUGCAGUAUUCUGCAUUUUAUUUUAACUCUCACUGUUUAAUUUGCUGUAUUGUUAUCUGACUGUAACUGAAGAUCACACAUAUUCAUGUUUAUCUGUCCCUGUACACAAUCCCUGCCAUGUUCACUGCAUCUAAUAUUAUAAUGUGUUGCAAUACUGUAUAAUAAAUGUAAUCUGGUUCAUGUAAUCUGAUCAAGUACUUGUGAACAAAAUCAGAGUAUCUGUACAUUUACAUAAACUGCUUUAUUACAUUUGUAGAUGUCACUUUGAGAAAACAUGAGUACUAAAGGUUUGCAAAAAAAUGUCUGGGGAAGUCCAUCCAGCCAUCCAUCCUCUACCGCUUACUCCUUUUCAGGGUCACGGGGAACCCUAUCCCAGGGAAGGGUGCACCCUGGACAGGGUGCCAAUCCAUCGCAGGGCACAAUCACACACACAUUCACUUUAGACAUGCCAAUCAGCAUGAAUCCCCACAGCACGGGGAGAACAUGCAAACUCCACACACACAGGGGAAUCGAGGUGGGAAUCGAAUCCCCAACCCUGGAGGUGUGAGGCGAACAUGCUAACCACUAAGUCACCAUCCGCCCUCUAUAAGAUCCCAUUCAUAGGCUAUACUAUGAAAAUAUCCUAUAACUUUAAAAAUGUUUUUUAACUGUCUCUCUCUCUUUCUCUCUCUUUCUCUCUCUUUCUCUCUCUUUCUCUCUCUCUCACACACACACACACACACGUGGUUUUGAUGUAGUUUGUGUUAUUGUAUAUUGGAUAUUUUAUGUUUUUGGAUAGCAUCUUUGUUUACAUCAUUAAAUAAAACUAUUGAGUACCUGCACCUAUACACAGUUGAGGUCAUGAUGUGUAUGGGGAGCAAAGUCUGGUCCGAUCCCACAGGAGAGCUACUGCUGUACAAAUGGCUGAAAAUGUUAAUGCUGGCUAUGAUAGAAAGGUGUCAGAACACACAGUGCAUCACAGCUUGCUGCGUAUGGGUUUGAGUAGCUGCAGAUCGGUCUGAGUGCCCAUGUUGCCCCCUGUCCACCGCCAAAAGUGACUAUAGUGAACAUAUGA